AUGUCUGUUGCAUGUUCUGGCAAAUGGCCACGCGCACACCAAGAUGAGAAUGCGUUGAAUCCCAUUCCACGUGCAGCUCAGACACUGAUGCAGCAGGCUUGUGCGAAUCAUCACAGUGCCGGACUUUUGCCACCAACGCGUCCGCCACACUUGGCAGUGCCGCCGCCGCCUCCGGAGGGAAUGGUGCGCAUCACGGUGGUGACGCCGAGGAAGGGCCGCUACGAGCUUCAGCUGUGUGAAGAUGCGGUGCCUGAAGACAUACGCCGAGGUCUUCUUGAAGCAAAGAGGUUUGCAAAGUUCUACCGCGAGCCGAUGCUUCCAAAGUCGCGCGACGACGUGGAAGUCCGCUUCGUGUACAGAGGAGUCCCACUGGGACCUGCAGAAACGCUAAAACAGCGUUGCUUAGCGGGUGAGCAGCUCCUGGCCGUGCCAGGCAUCAAAGAGCCUCGCAACAGCCUGCGGCUAGCUGCGCCACGCGGGCUGCUCAUGACGUCCUCAAGGGCCUGGAAGCCAUCGCAGGCCAGACAGCCCCGAGAGGCCCUCAUCAUUGAGCCAGAGAUCGGCACGUACUCUGCUAAUCUUGUGCAGCUCAUCUGA